UGUUGUUUGCCAAAAUGAUUGGCGAAGCAAGAGAAAACCCUAGACGAUUGCGAGCGAACCGAAGUUCUUGAAAGAACUCAUCUUCUCGAGCUGCUUCGCUGCACUGUCAGAAACGAAAUCCUUUGAAUUUAGGGCCGAGAAAAGAGAGAAGGAUUAGUCGAUGGCGGACGUGAAGAAUGUAGCAGAAGGACCAGAGCUCCAACAGGCAAUGCCUACGAAGAGGAAAGCCGAUCUCACCGCCGUAGGCAGCGAGAGACAAGAAAAUGACGAUUCAGUGAAGAAGCACAGAUUAGAAACUUCUGCUCGUGAAAAUUCUUCUUCCGUUGCCGAUGAGUCGAAACGCGGUGAUGAAGACAACGAUGGUAAGCACGAAAACGACGAGUUGGUGAAGGAGAGAGUAGUGGAGUCUUCUGGUGGUCCAAACUCUUCCUCACUUGCGGAAGAGUCGAAACUCGAUGGUGAAGAUGAUGGAGAAGACGAUGAAGAUGAUGAAGCGGACUACGAAGGCGAGGACGACGACGACGACGAAGACAGCGACGAGCAUUCGAAUGGGAAACCGGAAGUUGACCGUAAGGGCAAGGGGAUUUUGAAGGAAAAAGACAAGGGCAAAGGGAAGUUAAUCGAAGAGUCAGACGAUUCGAGUGACGGUGGGAGUGAAUCAUCUGGCGAUAGCAGUGAUCUCUCCGAUGAUCCCCUGGCAGAGGUCGAUUUGGAUAAUAUCCUUCCCUCCAGGACUAGGCGCCGCGUACAUCGCCCUGGUAUUAAUAUUUCGAAUCAUCCUCCCAACAACGUUGACGACGAUGGCAGUGAUGCUUAAUUGAAAGAGGUUAGAAUGAGAAUUCCGCGGAAAAAAAAUGUAACUUCAUUCAGUUUUAUUAGCGAUAGUUUAAUGUGACUGCUAAUUUAUUUGCUUUUGCGGCCAUGCUGUAGCUUGCUUUUUUUUGGUUCUUUUUAUCCAAAUACAUGUUGUAGUACGCUUUAGGGAUGGCAUUCGUUGUCUUCGGGAUUCAUGUUUCCUAUCACUUCCUGUUUCGCCAAAUUUCUGCCUUUGAAUAUGUAUUUAUAUCUACAUAUAGUUGGUUCUCAAUUACUUUGAUGCUAACUUAUUAGUUUUGGUUUAA